GUUCCGAUGACCAGUUCUCCACACACGUUUUUUUCGGCUUUGUGCAAGCAAAUCGAGUGCAAUUCCAGCGAAAACUCUUUCUUGUGUGCGCGGCGCGUGCAACUUGGCCAUUUGCUUGUCGCGAACCGUGAUUACCCGUGAGGCAGACGAUUGGCAGAGUUUCGGCGAGGGAUGGCAACACUGCCGCACGCCGGCCAUGUUAUUGUGAUUUGUAAAAGGUGGAACGUAGACACGUGUUUAAUUCGUGCAGCUCUGUAGCGCCGAGAAAUCGCCUGUAAAUCGCCAGCAAAUAAACAAGUAGACCACAGAGAACACGCGAGUGCAGUACAUUCAAUUGAAAACCCCAAAAGUAGUGAGCAAAAUAAGUUAUCCAAGCGGUUGCGAGAGAUCUUUCAAUAUUCAGCGAAAAUGGUAUCCGGUCGUCCUCUACUCUACCUCUCACUGCCCGGUGUAGCAUUUAUACUCGGCGUCUUCUGGUUUCGGCGUAGAAAUAAAAAUCGUUUAGACAAGCCCGAUGACGAGGACACAUCGGCCAUCAAGGACUCGUCGAUGGAGUCCACUGUGCAGGCGCGCAAGGCCAACGGCGUCCUGCAGAAUGGCAAAUUGCCGCAGCAGCCGGCCAGCAAGUCGAUGAACAUCAAUGGAACCAUAGCCAAUGGCAACGGAGCCGGAAGCGGAGGUGGUGGCAGCAACAGCGGCAGCGGCAGCGGCAGUGAUGAGAAGGAUAGUCCCACUACCAUUUUGUAUGGCAAAUCUGCACCGAUCAAAAUCCAGAGCAAUGGACGCUCCUCGAAUGGCAAGCAUCAGCAGCAGAUCGAUUCCGAGAUGCUCAAGUCAAAGAUCCAAGAUGCCGAGCACAAGAAGCUCUGCUCGAUAGACGAGGAUUUCGAGAAUCUGUCGUCGCCACGUGAUUUGCCCGAUUCGGUGAAUACACGUGUCUCAUUCUAUAAUCGUAAGGCCAGCCAAAAGACAGUGGAACCGGUGGUGAUCAAGGCCACACGUACACCGAAGAUAUCGCCGGAGAACUCCUUCCUGGACACCAAUUACACCACCAAGGAGGAGUGCGAGCAGAACAACAACUGUGAGCCCAAGGAGAAGGAAAAGGAACAGAAGGUGGCUGCCAAGGAGGAGGCCACCGAGGCGUCCAAUGGCGAGCAGCCGGAGCUGGAGGCGGCGCAGGAGUUGGAGCAGACGGUGCUGAAGGAGGAAUUGGUGGACAAUAAUGGCAAUCAGAAGCGCAAUGUGGAUGCGGCCAGCCCCUCGCUGAGCAUUUGCAGCGUUCAGUCGGGCGAUUCCGGCAAGGGAUCCAGCCUGCCCCGCUCGGAGGCGACACGCGUGAAGACCAGCUACGAGUUCCUCUUCCCCGUCAGCCUGAUUGGUCACCUGUACGGCCGCAAGCGGGCGUUUAUUAACCAAAUUAAGGCCAAGACCCUGGCCAACGUGGUCCUCAGCAAGAAUCCCUAUUCGAGCAAGGUGCGCAUCUGCACCAUUGAGGGUACCGAGAGCGAAAUCGAUGCCGCACUGGCCAUGAUCCGUCAACGUUUGCCGGCCAAGCGGUACCCCAACUUCACCAUGCAACGCAUCCACUUUGCGCUUCCCCAGACCAUAGUUCCUCUUUCGACCGAAAGCCUCUACAGUCUACAACUGAAACUGAUCGAGGGCAUCAACAACGAUGUGGUGGUGAGCGCGGUGCUGUCCGGGUCGCAUGUGUUCAUCCAGCACCCGCUGCAUCCCUCGCAUCCAUCGCUGCCCCUGCUGCAGAAGCAGCUGUACGAUAGCUACUCCACCAUGGAGUCGCCCCUGCUGCCCAGCUUGGAGAUCAGUGCCGUGUGCGUGAUACCCAUCAAUGGGGUGUGGUAUCGCGUCCAGAUCGUGGACACGGACCCCGAGGACGAGGAGCGUUGCCUGGUCAAGUUCCUCGACUUCGGUGGCUACAUGAAUGUCGGCUUUAGCACACUGCGCCAGAUUCGCACCGAUUUCAUGAGUGUGCCCUUCCAGGCCACCGAAUGCAUCCUGUCCAACAUUGAGCCCAUCGAUGAGACCUGGUCCAUCGAGGCGGCCGAAAUCCUCAACCAACUUACCAAAGGCAUUGUCUUGCAAGCACAAGUCGCCGGCUACAAUAGUCACAACAUACCAGAAAUCUAUUUAUUCGCUUCUCUAGGUCCCAAUAAGGUAAUCUUCAUUAAUAAGGAGCUGGUCGCCAGAAACCUCGCAAAGUGGGUGGAGAUGCGUGACUAACAGCCUACGUGAACAACUCAACUAGUAACCAAGAACUAAAUGAAACCCAAAAGCAAACUUAAACAACAAUCACUCAACACACAAAUCAAGCAACUUGGCAGUGCGACAAAGGAAUGCUUGAGUCUAGUGCAGCAGCAGGCUCCAAAGGGCUGUGCGUCCGGAUGACGAAUGCGGAUGCGGAUGCGGCUUUUUAACAGAUAGCAUGUAGGCACAUAGAAUACAGCAAGCGGCAGAUUCCAGAAGAACUGCCAACAAUUGCAGAGGCCCCAAACAGAAACAAAAACAAAGCAACAACACGUUCGUUAAGUUGUAGAAUGCGACUGAGCCUAGGGAGAAAGCGCCCCCUUAAUCAUUACAACCAACAUAACAUAACAAACGCAAACUACACACACGCAUAUAUGAGUAAGAGCACCUAACACCUCACUAACCCAACAACAACACACACACACACACAUUAUACACACACACAACAAGGCAAACGUUUGUUUGUUGACUGCCCAGGAUUGGAUACCAAAAUGGGGGAAGGAUCAGGCUAGGUUAUGAAUUGUGACCGCGCGGCACCAAGGGGCGGGCGGGCAUUCUACGGAUCGGCUAGAGCUGUCGGAUUUGAGAACGGACCGCUUAAGAUAUUACCAUACUCAGUUUAUAAGUAGGCAGUACUACCUAGUGUAAAUAGUUUUUAUAAAUUUAACAAAAUGCAAAAAAACAAAAAUACACUAAAUAUAAACUUAACUAAAAUAUCAAGCGUUCAUCAGAUAUAGAGAAAAAGAAAAGAAAAAAAAAAUAUUUCGCAUAUAUCUUGGCAAGCAUAGAGAGAAACCUGAUAUAAUUUAAAUUUUAUGUUGCUGUUUGCUGAGAUCUGUAAAUAUUAAAAUAGGCCUUUUUUAAAACUGAUAAUAUCUGAACGAUCAUUUCAUAUAUUUACAUGCAUUGUAUGACCCUCGUUUAAUUUGUAUUCAUACCGAAACUACUCAAACCGCGAAAAGUACAAGAUUACUUUGACCAGCUGAAAGUAAGAUGGAAGAACCCCUCACCUUACCUCACCUCAACACCCGCACUAAAGCCGCAGAAUGCCUAAGACAGAGAGAAACCAAUUGAAAAGCAGACAAAUUAACAAGUUACAAAUUCUAAAUAUCUAUAUAUGCGUGUGUGCCAUCGUUAGUCAACAAACAAACAUAAAAUAAAACAAAACAAGAGAAAAUCUAAGCAAAAAAACAGAAAAAACAAUUGUGCAUCGAAAAAUGGAUACGUUUUCCCCCCCCCAAAAAAAACCAUUGUAAAUAGAAUCCAUUUUGACAGACAAAGAAAUGCAAAAACAAAACAAAAAAGGAAACAAAACAAAACAAUAAUUGUUGCUACCAAAACUAGCCUCUUGAAAAACGGAGUGAAACCUCUAAAUGCCUUUCUUUCAAAAUUCUUUUGUAUAUGCCACAGAAUAACUAAGUCUUAGAGCCAGGAAAUUGUUGCAACUAAUCGCUUGCAAUUAGCUACCGAUUCUGGGUGUCUAGCCUAGCAGCAACUUAGGUAGAAUUGUUCUAAAUGCAGCACAACCACAACACCACAUCAAUAAUACAAUAACACACUAACCAAUCAACAAACCAACCAACCAACCAACCAACCAACCAUGUUAACCAUAUUUAUUUUGUUCAGAGGAAAUGAGUUUUAUUUGAAAAUGUAUUUCACACUGAGAAUAGAUCGGCAGCAGCGGAAAAAAUAUAUAAAUCAUUUUUGAAGAUUUCAAUAUGAUAAAUCAAUCAUAGUUCAGCUAAAUAGUCGUCGUCGUCAUUGUUCUCAUUGUCGUCACCGUCAUAAAUAAACGAGCAACUUAGUUAAUAUAACGUACAAGUGAUGAUGACCCACACACAUAUUAUAUCUAUUUUGUCAAAAUGAAAGACUUGGCGUGUUAUUCUUCUUAGUUUACUAUUAUUAUUAUUAUUAUCGCUAUCGUAAUAUCACUAUUAUUAUUAUUACCAUACGUUUUUUUUGCCGUUUCUUUUUAGCUCUUUCGUGUGUAAUUAGUUUACCUUUUACUUGCUAAUUUAAAGUAAUUCACUCCUAUUGUUAUGCUAAAAUCAUUAUUGACUUGAUCAGCCUUUGGAGGGGCCAAGGAGGUUUCUGGCGAAGGUUCUUCGCCCCCCUCCCGCUGCCUUCCACACUGUAGUGCAAAUUCGUUUAAUGGAUCCUUGUUUUAGUGUCGCCUUUGAAAAUUCUAGCGAGAGAAGAGUGCGUUUAGCGUUUAGCCUAUGGAACACUACCUAUAUUACUAUUGGUUACUUUUAAACGAAACAUUAAACUUAGUCAAAGUCCAAUUUCAAUUUGUAUUCGCCAGAGUUGUCAGCGUCAACGGUGUUGUUCUCGGUGUUUUAUCGAAUUCAUUGUAGAUUUGUCACUUGUACAAUUGUUGAUAAACUGAUAACUGACAUAGAGAUAGUGCAAACACAGCAGACAUGAUGAUGUAGAGCACAGAUUGAAACUAAUCUUAGUGGAUAGUGGGAUAGCGAGAGAAGAGUGUCCUCCCUGGAAGAUCAUCGUAUGUGUGUGGUACUUCUAUUUUUUUUCUUAUCUAGUAAUGCCGAGAGACAAGAGUUAAGAAUAAGAUUUAAUUUAUAGACGCAUUAAAGUGAGAAUAAUUUACAAAUCUAGUUAUUAACUAAAUAUAAUGCAAGUACAUUAAAAUAAAACAUUAUUGAAAAGGAAUCAAA